AUGGACGAAUUAACCCCGGACACUCUGGUUCAACCCCCAAGAUUGUUGCUGAAUUGUAUUUCGGAGUUGCGUAUUAAAUGUAUCUACAGCAACCGAGGAUGUCCCGAGUAUGUCAAGCUCAGCAAUCUGCAAAACCAUGUUGAUCAAUGUGGCUUUGCACCAGCCAAGUGUGGCAAUGAAGGUUGUGGAGCAAAGGUGAAUGAAUGCGAAAAAGUCCGUUAUGAGACUGAGCUUUGUAAAUUCAGAAAAGUCGAGUGUUAUGGCUGCGGAGAGCUGAAAAAAGAAAUGAUGGCUGAAGUGUUGGACAGUCAAUCAAGAAUGAAAGAAGGUGUAAAACAGGCACUUAAAGAAAGCCUCGACAAGAUAGAGAGUAUUUUCGAAGCUACCCAAAGCAAUUCUCGACCAAAAGUUCGUGCCCAAACUUUGAAGACCGAUGUCGCCCGUUCACUUCGGCAGUUUAAUCACGGAAUCAACCAUGAUAUUUUUAUUAUGGGUAGUUUCGGUAAGGAUUACAAGCCCACUAAUUCUGUGGAAAAGUUCUGCUCGAGAGAAGGAAGAUGGGUUGAUGUAGGACCAAUGAAUGUGCCACGUGCAUCAGCUUCGUCUGUUGUCCUUGGUAAUCAAGUUAUUGUCAGUGGGGGAACGACUUAUAAUCUUCAGUCUGGUAGAAAUGCGCCUACUGAUAGUGUUGAGAUUUUGAAUCUUGAUCAAUGUCCUUUACAAUGGGAAAUGUCGGAUAUCAAGCUACCUGCUCCUCAGGCUUGCCACCAAACCUUUAUUUAUAAAGGGAAGUUGAUUGUAAUAUGUGAAAGUUUCAAGAAAGAUGGAUUUACAUUUUUUGAAAUUUCUCUUACUCCUCCACAUGCCCAUAAAGAAUUGUUCUCUCUAGCUAGUUAUCGUUUCUCGUACCAGGUAGGUGAUUUUUAUAAAGCAGAACUUGUGAACGAAAAGGUGUUCGUUUGGUGGGAUAUCCGGCGGCAAUUCGAAGGAUGUAUUAAUUUACGAUCUUGUGGCAAAUGA